AUGGCUUCUUCCUUAUUGCUGUCCAUCAUGUCUCCUUUACGUGUUGUCUUCUUCUUCUUACUCUUCUUGGUCGACACCACUUCAUCUCAUGGAGCAGGCACUUUUGCUUCCUCCACUUCUUUUCCCACUAUCAACGCGACCGGGAAUAAAGAUGAAGCAGAGGCUCUCCUGAAUUGGAAAUCUACUCUCGACAACCAUAGCCAAUCUCUCCUCUCUUCAUGGCACGGUGACAAUGCUUGCGGCUUUACCGGUGUCACUUGUGACGGUUUUGGAGCCAUCACCCAUCUAAAUAUUUUCAAUCUCGAUUUGAGAGGAACUCUAGAUGGCCUUGACUUCUUGUGCUUAACCAGUGUGGUUAGCUUUAAAUUCGCCAACAACUCAAUCUAUGUUUCCAUUCCCUCGAGUAUAGGUAACCUUUCCAAACUCAACUCUCUUGAUCUUUGCUUCAAUGAACUGUCUGGGGCAAUUCCUCCAAGUAUAGGGUUCAACAAUCUCAUCGGCUCACUUCCUCGUUCCAUCGGAAACUUGACGAGUUUAUCUCUUCUUCACCUUUCCCAAAAUGGACUUUCGAGACCCAUACCUUCAAAAAUUGGGAGGCUCACUUCACUUACCAACCUUGACCUAUCAUCCGACAAUCUCGUCGGCUCAAUUCCUCCUUCCAUCGGAAACUUCACGAGUUUAUCUUUUCUUUACCUUUCCCAAAAUGGACUUUCGGGACCCAUACCUUCAGAUAUUGGGAGGCUCACUUCUCUUAUUCAUCUUGUCCUAUUAUUCAACAAUCUCACUGGCUUAAUUCCUAGUUCCAUCGGAAACUUGACAAGUUUAUCUGCUCUUGACCUUGGUUACAACAAAUUCUUUGGUUCCUUGCCUUCUGAACUUAAUAAGUUAACACGCUGGACAUCUUUUCAUCUAUAUCAUAAUGAACUAGAGGGGGAAUUGCCAGGAGAUAUAUGCCUUGGGAGAUCAUUGCAAUAUUCCUCUAUCAACAACAAUCAUUUCACGGGUCCCAUCCCAACAAGCUUAGAGAACUGGAGCACAUUAAGAAGAUUGAGGCUAGAUGGAAACCAACUUACUGGAAACAUAACAGAAGCUUUUGGAAUAUAUCCAAAUCUAAAUUUUAUUGACUUAAGCCACAACCAUUUGAACGGAGAACUUUCAUGGAAGUGGGAGAGUUGUCGUAAUUUGAUGACCUUAAGGAUGUCAAAUAACAACAUUUCUGGCAAGAUACCCGUAAUGUUUGGAAGGAUGGCUCAGUUACAAGAACUCAACCUUUCUUCAAAUAAUUUAAGCGGAGAGAUUCCAAGAGAAUUGGGAAGCCUGCCGAUGCUGUUUAAACUCGAUUUAAGCCACAACUCGAUUAUGGGAAAGGUCCCGAUUGAGAUUGGACUUUUAUCCCAUCUGGCAUAUCUGAACUUGGCAUCAAAUAAUUUGAGCGGAUUGAUACCGGUGCAGCUAGGCUCAUGCAAAAGCUUGUUGAGCUUGAACUUGAGCAGAAACAAAUUUUGGAGAAGCAUUUCUCUUGAGAUAGGCAACGCACAGUUCCUUGAGGUUCUUGACUUGAGUCAUAAUUUGUUGAUUGGAAACACACCGGAAGUACUUGGACAGUUGAGAAUGCUGCAACUUCUAAAUAUCUCCCACAAUGGCCUUUCCGGUUCUAUUCCACAUACUUUUGGUGAUAUGUCAGCCUUAACUUCCAUCGAUUUAUCCUACAAUAACCUGGAAGGUCCUCUCCCAAAUAUCAAAGCUUUCAAUGAGGCUCCAUUUGAGGCAAUUCAACAUAACAAAGGGCUCUGUGGAAAUGUCGUUAGCCUACCCAAAUGCAAUUCUACUGAGAGUUUCUACGAUCGAAUCAUCGAGGCCACGGAAGGAUUUGACUCCAAGUACUAUGUGGGUGAAGGAGCACAUGGAAUCGUUUAUAAAGUCGAGAUAUUAGAAGGUCAAACGAUUGCUGAGAAGCAAAUCUCUUCAUCCGAAGACGAUAGUGAGAUUGUUGAUUUGAUACCAUUUGAAAGGGAAAUUGAAGCCUUAACAAACUUACGCCAUCACAACAUCGUGAAAUUUUAUGGAUUCUGCUCUCAUGUCCAACGCUGUUUUUUGGUGUAUGAGUACAUGGAAAGAGGAAACUUGAGAACAACUUUAAACGAGGAUGAAAGAGCAAAAGAAUUUCAAUGGAACAAGAGGGUAAAUGUCGUCUGA